AUGGGUACUCAACAGGAAAAUUUGCCACCGACGGUGAUCAAAACUGUUGCAAAAGAGUUGUCCAAUCUCUCAAAAGAUAGUAUAGAUGGAAUCAAAGUUCAGUUUGACGACUCGAAUUUGACACUGAUUACUAUAUUUGUAGACGGCCCAGAAGGCACACCUUUUGAGGGCGGAGUUUUCAAAAUAUCGCUUUCGAUAUCGAAAGAUUAUCCUAUGUCACCUCCUAAAGGCCUCUUCAUAACCAAAGUUUUCCAUCCGAAUGUGAACGAAGAUACCGGAGAAAUAUGCGUGAACACACUUAAGAAAGACUGGACACCAAACUUGGGAAUCAAACAUAUUAUGCUCACAAUCCGAUGUCUGCUAAUCAACCCCAAUCCAGAAUCUGCCCUAAAUACAGAUGCUGGAAAAUUACUGCUGGAAAAUUACGAGCAAUAUUUCGCACGAGCCAAAAUGAUGACAGAAGUACACGCUUUCCCAGAAUCCAAAAUGAAGCAGCUAUUGUUUCCAAAUUUAAAGAGUAACACAAAAGACAAGGAAAACAAUGGAAGAUCGGAGGGUGUUUUAAGUGAUCAAUCGAAUGCUAACUUAGCCGACGGUACUGCUGGACCCAGUGCUGCGAAACAACAGAAAUCGACCGCUUUGACAAACCCUUCAGAGAAGGCAAGGUUAAAGGCGAUGAAGGAAAAGAAGCGUCUCCUGAAAAGACUCUAGCCUCGAAUCUUGUUGAUUAUUUAACUAGUAGGCUAUACGUCACGAAUAAACUACGUACUAAGUGGCGAUAGAAAGAGACUUUUCUCCUUCGGUUUUCAUUCGUGUAGGGUUUGUUGAAGCUUUGUUUUGCAAUGUUUUGUUUUGUAUUUUAUCAAUUAAAUCGAGCAAUUUU